UAUUUUUAGCAUUGGGCUAUCUGCCAACCAAGAUGGCGCAUAGUUUGUGAUGUGUUUCUGCAAUUAUAACUGCAAGUUUUCAAUGAUUUUAAGCUUUAAGAAUCCGACAAAAUCGCCGAAAACCAAGUCACACUUGCUUUAAAAUAAGUACUUGGGGAAACUUUUACUGAUAACAGCUGCUAUGACAUCAAAAUCAGAGGUCACAGUCCGUUGCUUCCAAACUGAAGACAGUGUCAGAUGUCACACCAUAUUUACUGAAGGAAUGAAGGAGUUAUGCAUUCCAGUCAUGAAGACAUUCUAUCUAGACUUCCUCAAGAUUGCCGCCAUCUUCCUGGUAAUGGUUAGUGCUAUUGCUGUAAAGUGGUCAGUGUGGACUUUGAUGGUUUUCUAUUUCGUAUUGUUGGUCGUAAUAACAGCAGCAGCAUACGUCUAUGUCUAUCUAUGUGUAAUGAACUAUAUAAACCACUCUCUAAAGUCAGAUCUCUUGGACAUUGAAAAGUAUUAUGAUGGUCAUGAUUCCUGCAUGUUUGUGGCAGAAUGUGACGGCAGAGUGAUUGGCAUGGUAGGUGUGGCCACUAAAGAGCAUCACAAGCCUGGUGUUGCAGAAUUACRGCGCAUGUCAGUGUCCUCAACAGCUCGUGGCAAAGGGAUUGGAAGGAUUCUCAUGAAUAAAGUCAUGGACUAUUGUAAAGAAAAGAAGUAUGGUAGUAUAAUAUUAAGUACCUCAAGUGCUCAGUAUGCUGCUGUUGCUUUGUACARAAAACAAGGUUUCAAGGUUGUGAAGAGUCAACGUUUUCCUCAUUAUUUUCUUUAUAAUCUAUUUGUUUUGCACUUUGAGAAAAAUAUUUAGACAAGGACGUAUUAGGAUCUGUGGUGUUAGUCAUUCUGAGGUUAAGGGAAAAUGGGCAAGGCAGUGCAUUGUGGGUCUGUGUUAGGGCACAAAAUAACCACCAUCUUGGAAAUGCCCCCAAAACAUUCCCRCAAUACACUGUAAUGUCAACACRACCUGGUUUUUUAGCUCAACCUCAAAAUAGCCAAUAUGCUUAUAGAUUGUUUUAAUAUUUGAACUACAAAAAUAUAUGAUUUGUUCUUAUAAAAAACACUCUUCUUAAAAAAAACACCAUGUCCACUAUUUUGGAAAAGGUCGUAGUGAUCAAGAGGAAUAUAUUCUAUGUUUUAUGUUAUUUGAAAACAAGAGGAAGUGUUGAAUUUUAGGUUAGAACAAAAAAAUAUAUACAUAAUUUGUAAAAAUAUUUUCUAAAUAAUUGGUCAACUUGCAUAACAGAUUCUGUGUUGAGCAUUUGAGAGUCGGUGGCUUAUUUUUGUGGCCUCAAUCUUGAUAAAAUUUUGUAAAAUUUA